GCUCAUCUGCAGCGGCUGUACGACCGCUUGUCGCAGUUUCGGCCGGCCGACCUCGACAAGGGUGGUGGUGAUGUCGUGGAAACUGUGCGACAAAUCACCGAGGCACUGAUCUGGGGCGAGCAGAACGACGCCCACUUCUUCGAUUUCUUCUGCGAGAAGAGCAUCCUGUCCGACUUCGUGCGCGUGCUGGGCCUCGCUAAGGCGCCCAAGGUGGUGAAGGUGCAGCUGCUGCAGUCCCUCUCGAUGCUGGUGUCUAACAUCACGCAGCGGACGUCCGUGUACUACCUCCUCAGCAACAAUCAUGUCAACAGGCUGAUUCAGACGAGCCUGGACUUCGAGGACGAAGACAUACUUGCCCACUACAUCACCCUGAUGAAGGCUCCCGUGAGUGCGUUUGAGGACUGGAUGCAGUUGAAGGCAGGGAAGCGUGCCGAUCUUUCAGCCUCUCUGCUCGUUCGAGCUUCCUUCGUGCGGCUCUUUGCUAGCGCCGGCGCCAAGUCGCUCGCGAUGCGGCUGGAUCUCGAGACCAUCAAGUUCUUCUUCAUCCAGCAGCCCGGCACGCCGGGUCCGACGUUCCCGCUUUACACCGAGGACUGGCAGUGA